AGGCACGUCGUGACUUGAUAGCGCAGUCAGCGCUAGACAGCGACAUGGUGCCAACGAAUUUCUGUCCUAGUCAGGUCACUAGCUUCCUUCCGUUUUUGCUGGAUGCUCUUCCAGGCCGAUUGAGUCGCUCGUUGAUCUCGGAUGUACUCGGUCGUUGCCUUAUGAUGCCUUCACCAAAGUUGAGACAUGAUCCGCAGCAUCUCUAUAAUUACAAUUGAUGUCGUCGGCCCGUGGGUGCUUUUCGGGAAGUCAAUAUCUGGA